UGAAGGAAAGUGGUGGCAGACUGGAGCGGGUGCGGCGUGUUGACUGGCGUUGUUGUAUCGGUUGCUUCGGGCUUGCUGAGAUCGUAUUAAGGUGUUGUAGAUGUUCUGCGGAUGUGCUCGGUUUUCGUGAAUGAGCAGUAGCGCGUCAAGUGUUGUGUGGUGAACCGCGAAGCAACUCGUAGAACAUCUCCUGUGUAAGUACCUGCGACUAGCGUGCGUCAACGUCGUCGCGUGUGUUCUCGAUCGACGCGGCAGCCAUGGAAGCGGGAAAAGAAAACCCUCUGGUCCUUUCGUGGCACGACACGGCGUGGUUGCCCGCGCUAGACCCUUCAAAUGUGAUGGACUACUUCUCAGAACGUAGCAAUCCGUUUUAUGACCGCACGUGCAACAAUGAGAUCGUGAAGAUGCAGCGAUUGAAUCCCGACCAGUUGACCCACAUGACGGGCCUGGAAUACGUGCUGUUGCAUGCACAGGAUCCCAUCCUGUACGUGGUGCGCAAACAGCAUCGCCACUCGCCUACCCAGGUGACACCGCUGGCCGACUACUACGUGCUAGCAGGCGUUGUCUACCAGGCGCCGGACCUCGGCUCGGUGCUCAACUCGAGACUGUUGGGUGCUGCUCACGCGCUGCAGGGCGCGCUCCACGAAGCCAUGGGCUACGCGAGGUACCACCCGUCGCGAGGAUAUUGGUGGCACUUCAAGGACAACCCCGCUGCUACCACUGCUACCACGACGCCCGCCACUACCGGCGCCGCGCCGAGCAACACAGGCGCGAGCCUAUUCCAGCGGCGCCGGGUUGAUAUGCUCCUCGCGGAGCUGGCGGCAAAAUUCCCUCCCGAGCCGCCCAAGCCGGAGCCCGCCGACGUCAAGCCGGCGAAGACCGCCGACAAGAAGCAGGCCCGACCCGCGUCUUAGCGCACUCGGUGGUGCCGAGUCACUAUCGUCUUUCAGCAAGUUCUCCCUGCUGUAAGAAGGCCGGGCAACAUUGUUUGUGCACAUUUUCCACGCAGAAAGCCAGCCAAACCGCCUGCCCUGUGUGAAGGGCAGUGUUUCUAUGCCAUCUUGCAGCACAGCACCUUUGCCGAUUACAGCAGUGUUUCAACUUGUUACGUUUCCAAGCAACAUGGAGUGGCACAUCUGUGUAAUCAGUGCAACAGUACUCUGAUCUCUGCUGUUGUUGCACGGAGCUGUACCUAAAGUGGUCUAUUGUUGUACGAUGCUUACUUGCAUUGUACAUCAAAACAUAGCACGCCAUUAUGUAUACAAGAUUCUCUUCCUCCGCUAGUUUCCAAUUGCAGACCCCUUGAGUCCUGUGUAUUAAAGUGAACGUUGAAUGGCUGCCAAGUGGAAUGAUCCCAUGCACUGUUGCCACACACUGGCAGUCCUGGGGCUGUAUUCUGUAAGAGUCUACCUAGUGGACUGUCCAUUUCGCCAACCGUUGAUUCGCUGCUGCUUGAUGUGCAGGAAGGUGCCAGCCAGUCUCCUUCCUGCACGUCAAGCAGCAGCGAUUCAACGGUCGCCGAAAUGGACAGUCCACUAGGUAGACUUGCAGAAUACCGCCCCCCGUUCUCCAUGCCACUGCAGCGUAAUGAGAACAUUGUACGGCAAGUGGCUAUUAAUUUUUUUUCAUUGUGCAAACAUUAGUGGAACGACUUUUGCAAAUAUUCCUUCAAUACACAGGGUACACACUGCUGCUGCUGGCCACUUGCCACCGACUGAUGGAAACACAUGUGGAAUAUAUAAAGUGCUUUUUGUUUUUCUUGCUAUUAUGACGAAAUAGAGAUGGCAUAGGAAAUGCACUAUGCAGCUUGACUUGCGACCUACCUGAGUGCUCAACUCAUCACCUUUGCCAUUUUACAGCAUCUAGUCUAGCAGUGACUACAGUCACUCUAUUGAUGCAGUGAUUGUACUGUAAAUGGAUUACACAAUAUUUAUUGACUGCCCUUUUAUGCUCUAGGUGCUGCGGAUGGAUUCCACCUCGCUGUACUUUACACAUUGAUGCAUAAAAAUAGUUCGGGUAGUGCCCUCCAGUGGCACUGUCACAUUCAAUGUGCAAGUCUGUAAAUAUUCUGAGAGGGUCAUAGGGGGGCUACCUUGCUACUGAGAAGGCAAAUUCACUGACUCCCAGCUGGUACAGAGGAAACUGUUUUUCAUUAAUAAAUGGGGACUGUGUGUAGAAAGUUCUUAUCUGCUUUCAUGCCUUCACAUGGUAUCUAAAAGAAUAACAGCACCAUAAUGUGCUCCAUUGAUACCAAGGCAAAUAUGAAAUAUACACCAGUGGAUCAGGCAAUUGAUUGCAAAAGCUUGCUGUGCCAAACACCAGUUAGGCUUGCCAGUAUUUGCGACCUCUCCCAACUCGAGAGGAUCCUAGCAAAAAUGCCUUUUACAUUUUAUUACUGCCACUCGGGUCCCGCACAAACCUGAAAGAUCAAAUGGCACGGGUACAUGCAGUGCGACAAUUUUCUGUCGUGGUAGCGUAACACGGCCGCUUUACUUUAAUGCAAUGUGUACGUUUAGUAAAAGACAUCUCCGCCCUACGCUCACUCGCUAGCAACCCUGUGCACCACAAUCAGACAAAAACUUGUGGGGAUGCCAUCUUACUCGGAUGGAGAGCAGAUAUGCACCACUCACCCCCAUGCUGAAAAUAGGCUGGCUAGCAGUUCAUUUCGAUCAUGCCACCCACUGCGUAUGAUGCGACCAUCUUGACAUGAUGAGGCGAGAAAUAAUCCCACAUUCUGUCGGUGCUUACACCAGCAUUGACAGAAUUGACAAGCCAUAUGCUGCCAUCACAUUGAAAUCGCAGGCUUUCAC